AUGACUAUUCCAUUCCGUGGUUUCUCCAAGUCCUUAAUCCCAGAAGACAAGAACCUUGAGGAUGUCGCAGUACAACUGAACGCUCAUGCCUUAACAUCCAUCGGAAGAGUGUUAGGUUUGAAAUCGGAUGGAGAAUGUGCCGGGAUCGUUCGGCACUAGCGCCAGCUUCGCUCUCCGUUUCGGCCAAACCAUUUUCUCAGCUGCUUCGUUGAUCUUCAUGUGCUUUGAUUACGAUUUCUAUGAUUUCACUACCUUCUGCUAUUUAGCGACUGUGAUGGCAAUUGUAACUCCAUGGAGCAUUUUACUUGCCUUGACCGAUACAUACUCUGUCUUAGUGAAACUCCUUCCUCAAGAAUUAAGAGUUCUUUCCAUCGUUUUCGCCGGUGAUUUCGUACUUUCAUUUCUUUCUCUUGGUGGGGCUUGUGCUGUAGCUAGUGCAACCGAAUUGCUUGCGUCUGCCGAUGGAAAAAUCUGUGAUGUUUGUGAAUGGGAACUUGAUGCUGCUUCUUCUGCUUUGUUCUGUUCUAUGGAAUGCAAGUUUAGGAGCGUUCUUGGGUCACAACUUGAUGAGCUGAUGGAGAAUUCAGAGAUUACAGAGAAUUCAGAAGAGACUGAUGAACCCGUGAAGAAGAAACGACAUAGGAGAAAAGGGAGUCCACAUAGAGCUCCAUUCUUCUAGGGUUUUAAUUCCGAAACGAUAUUUUGUAAUAUGAUUUUAUUGGGGGUUUAUAAGUGAGAUUUUAGACAUGUGUUGCCCUUUUUUUAGGUUUAAUAGAUGAUUUAAUUUUUA